AUGGCCAACCUCACCAUGGUGACAGAAUUUCUUCUCAUGGACUUUUCCUAUACUUGGGAGCUUCAGAUCUUACAUGCCAUGCUCUUCUUGCUGAUCUACCUGGUGGCUCUGAUGGGGAACCUGCUCAUUUUCACCCUCAUAUCUCUUGAUGAACACCUCCAAUCCCCCAUGUACUUUUUCCUGAAAAACUUAUCCAUUUUAGAUUUUUGCCUAAUUUCUACCACAGUUCCUAAAUCCAUUGCCAAUUCCUUGAGCCACAAUCAUUUCAUUUCUCUGUUGGAAUGCAUUUUACAGCUUUUUUUAGUUAUUUUCUUUGCAUCAUCAGAGCUUUUUAUCCUAACUGUGAUGUCCUAUGAUCGAUAUGUAGCCAUCUGUAAGCCCCUGAACUAUGAAGUCAUCAUGAACAAAAAGGCUUGUGUAAAAAUGGCAGCUGCUUCCUGGUUCACUGGAGGUAUGUUUGGGGUCCUAUAUACAAUUAGUACAUUCACAUUGUCUUUCUGUAGUUCCAAUGAGAUUCAUCAGUUCUUCUGUGAUGUCCCUUCCUUACUCAGAAUUUCUUGUUCUGAUACACAUAUUGCACUUGAUAUAACUACAGCUAUUGGGUUCAGUUUAGGGAUUCUUUGCUGCAUUUCCAUUACUAUUUCUUAUGGUCCCAUUUUUUCAACUGUGCUGAAAAUUCCAACCACAGAGGGUCGGUCAAAAGCCUUUUCCACUUGCCUACCCCACCUCUUUGUUCUUACUCUUUUUAUUACAACUGCAGCCUUAUCUUAUCUAAGUCCACCUUCAGACACUGUCUCAGUUGUAGAUCUGUUGUUGUCUAUGUCCUAUAUAGUGGUGCCCCCAGUCUUGAACCCUAUCAUCUAUAGCCUGAGGAACAAAGAUGUGAAGAAUUCACUAAAGAAGUUCAUAGCAUAA